UGGGCUGUCUAUAGCAUGCCUCUCGUUUCUCUCUCUUUCCUAUUUACCUCCAUCGCCAUAACCGCAGCAUGGCUCUACAUCACCCGCCGUAACUCAUCUGCAAAUGUCUCUGCUCUCCCAUCCCUGCAUCCCUUCCUCAGCGCCAUCGUUCUCCUCCAUAGUCUCUUUAUACUCCAUUCUGCCAUCGUUUGUCCCCCAGCCAACCUCUUCAAUCGACUCAACGUACCACUGACAACUUCUGUGGAGCGUAUACGGUUUCUGCUUGUUAGGGAAGCUGGCAUAGCUACUGAUACGGCCGGAGCCGCCACCAUUCAACUGCCAAAAGGUAUAGAGUAUCUACUUAACAAGCUUAAUUCGGCUGAGUCAAGGAUGCUGUACACAAGGUUCGGUCAGCGUGCUAUACAAACUUGCCAGCACUGCUCUUCCUCCGCCGACUAUGCCCUCUUCGCCCUGCCUCGCCCAUUACUCGCCUAUAUCCGUUCAGCUGCUGUCAUUUCUUUUGUCACAACUCGAGGAAUGGGCAAAGAGCGUUGGCGCACCUACGCACUCACCGCCCUACUCUGUGCUGCCCUCGUAGAGGCAUAUAUGGUCGUUAUCGCAAGCGCAACCGUACCGAUUCCCCGCGAUGGCAGGGGCGCUAUCAUGUGGCAUGAUAUCAUAUUUCUAUGUCGACACGUGCUGUUCUUUAUUCUCCCCAUUAUCACCAUCAUCCUCCCCUCCUCAUCGACAUUUGGUGGUCCUCUCGCUUUUCUCCCUCCUGCACUGAUGAACCUUGAACAGGCCAUCACACGUGCUCAUCUACUAAAAUACGUACGAGGCAGUGUGAUGCGCCGCGCAGAGCUGCGUGAACGGGCAAGUCGUUGGUGGUCCCGUGAUGCGAGGGAAGGAUCGUGGGGGCGCAAUGAUGAAAAUGUCCAGCGUACCGCGGAGAAGCUCGGGCUGGGUUAUGGCCCAUUUGGAAACGAGGACGGUGUGGGUGAGGGAAUCGCGGAGGGAAAACUAAAGAUGGGCGCGAGAAUGGCUGUAGAGACCCUCAAGGGUGGUUUUAAUAACCUGCAGUCUACCUGA